UUUCAUUUAUUAUUGUGAAGUAAACAAAAUAUUUCGAAAUUAUAAAUUUUUUUAAAUUCUUUUAAGUUUGUAAUAUGUUUAAAAACACUUUCCAAUCUGGAUUCUUAUCCAUUUUAUAUAGCAUUGGAAGUAAACCUCUCCAAAUAUGGGACAAGAAAGUAAGAAAUGGCCACAUUAAACGUAUUACGGACAACGAUAUACAAAGCUUAGUUCUCGAAAUAGUUGGAACUAAUGUGAGUACUACAUUUAUAACAUGUCCUGCUGAUCCAAAGAAAACUUUGGGUAUUAAAUUGCCCUUCUUGGUAAUGAUUAUAAAAAAUAUGAAGAAAUACUUCACAUUUGAAGUUCAAGUUUUAGAUGAUAAAAACGUAAGAAGACGUUUCAGGGCAAGCAACUAUCAAUCAACAACACGUGUCAAGCCAUUCAUUUGCACUAUGCCAAUGCGAUUAGACGAGGGAUGGAACCAAAUUCAAUUCAAUCUAUCUGAUUUUACAAGGAGAGCCUACGGUACAAAUUAUGUUGAAACCUUGCGAGUACAAAUACAUGCGAAUUGUCGAAUCCGAAGAGUUUAUUUCUCUGAUCGUCUUUACUCUGAAGAUGAAUUACCACCAGAAUUUAAAUUAUUUUUGCCCAUACAAAAACCAAUGCAAAAGUCCACAGCUCAGGCUAUUUGCAGUUAGUAAAAUCAACAAUUUUAUACAUAACUAUUAAAGAAUAAAAUAAAUUUUACUAUAACUUAAAAAUUUAA